AUGGCUGGGGAUACGCACCACACCGGCAUAGUGGGUGUCAUCGUUGGUGCUGUGGUGUUGUUUGCGGCCUUGAGUACGAUCCCAUUUAUCGUGUUGUACCAUCAUCGUCGACGGGCAACUGCCAGACGCAGUAGCGAACUCCGCAACCUCACUGAUGGCGGCAUAAUGCGGCAGGUAUCGGUCGACCGAUGGCUGGACGAGCAGACACACGCGAGCUGCGAGGACCGGCUAUACGCUCAGGAAUCCUGGUAA